UCUCCUGCAUUAAGAAUAAUGUAAAUAAUAUAGAUUGAACAUACAUUAACAGUGUAAAAAUGUUUUUAUACUAUUGGUGUAAUUUAAUUUUGUACAAAGUUACCUAGAUGAUGUUUGGUUAUAAGGACUUUGUUACUUACCUAGACAUUUCGUAUACGCCCAAAGUACUCUAUCUAUCCAUCUCAAAUUAUCUGUAGCUUUUUUGCUUUACACGUUCCUUAAGAAAUAUUAAUUAGGAGGGGUAUUUGACUAAUUAUAUCCUUAGUUAUGUCUAAGUUAUAACGUCUCUCCAUUAAAUGUUUACUCUAUUAAUGUGUCAUCUCCAUUUACGACAAAAUUCGAUAAGGAUAAAAUGAGGAAAAAAAUAAUUAAUUGUGACUUGAACUUCGAAAAUGACAAAUAGUUUGAGACAACUAUUUUCAGUAACCACGACAAAUAAUUUGAGACUGAGGGAGUACUUAUAAGACAAAAUCAAUCAUCAGUCAUCAACCACAAGUUGGUCAUCCCAACUUAUGAACUUUCAAAUUUCAAUGUAUGAACACUUUUGGUUCGAGUUUUGAUCAAGUAUUUUACCACUGUAUUUUAUACUUAAUAUCUUUUCUAAUUCUCAAAGUACUUUUUUUCAAAGUAGAACUCCUAACUCUUCUUCAUUCUAUUUUCGUCGUUCGUUAUUCUCUUUGUUCAUAUACUUUUUAAAUAGUUUUUCUAAAUAACUUUAAGGACACAUUAGUUAUUUUAGUAGAGAAGUUGUUUAUCAUUAUUUCAAUUGUAACACCUAACUAUUUAUUUACGAAUUAAUUUCAAAUAAGAAUUACUUUUCAACAAUUAAUUGACAGAGUUGUCCCGGUAACCAGUGGUAAGAGGACAAGCCGUAUGCCAUACUUGAUUUUCCUUUACCUCCCUUAAAUAUAAAUUCCUCCUGUCUUUGUAUAAAUCUGUCGCCUUCAUUUGAUGCAUGUGGAAAAAGUUUAAGCACAAGGGGCUCCAUACUUGAUUCAGAGUGCUGAUCCCAAGAAAGAUCUUUAGAGAUAGGAGUAUUAUAAAUAGGAAAUAAUCCCUGUAGGUUUAGGAAACCCAUUGUUCAAAUAGAAUUGGAAAAGGAAAACAUAUUGUCCUUGUAGGAUUGGAAAAACCUUUCUCUUAUAGGUUUGGAACUAGUACUUGAAGAUCUAUCAUCUAUAUAUAGGGGCUGUAGUUGGGAUUCAUUAUAUUGUACACUUCAUUCUCUUUCAUUGUGGAAAACUCUCUGCUUCUGCCCAGAGGAUUAGGCUUAGCUGAACCUCAUUAAAUUCUUGUGUCAUUUAUUUUCACAACACAUCAGUUCUUGAUGGCUGGGUUGCAAAGAUCGGCUGUUUCAUUCCGCAGGCAAGGUUCAUCUGGACUAAUAUGGGACGACAAAUACUUGUCAGGUCAGCUUGUUAAACAUAAAGAAGAAACUAACAAAGAACUAGAAUGGCAACCCAAAAAGGAUAUGCUGCUGGUGAAGGCUUCAUCAAGGGCCGUUGGAUCAACGGAGAGGAGCCGAUCCAAUGGUGGGGCGGUAGAGCCACCAUCUCCUAAGGUAUCUGCAUGUGGACUGUGUAGUGCAUUUGGCAAAAAGGAUAAGUCCCGACGUGGACAUCAGUAUGGUAAGAGUGCUUUGUGAG